AUGGCACUAGCACUGCAGAGUGUCCCCCGGCGUUCGAGCCGGGACGGUCCUGUAGACGGGGAGGCUGAUGUUGCCAAGCCGAGCUUUCGACGACCGCGACAUGCGUUUGGGAACAGGCACUUGCUGGCCUUUCGAAAGAACCAAUUCUCAGAGUUGGUUGAGAGGACCGUCGAUGCGCUGAAGAGCAACCUAGUUGAGGCGUCUUUGCAGGAUGUGCAGAAUGUGCUGGCCAAGAUCCGAAGGCAAUUCGAUGAGGUUCGCUGUGAAGCUGACAGGAAGGAAGCAGAGCUGGUCACCCUCCGCCAAGAGAUUCGUUUCUGGGAAUCGGAGGCAAAGCCUCCCGAGGAGCAGGAUCACUACAACGGCUUUGUUCGGAAGUCCGUCGUAGAGAAGCUCGGCCAGGCUUCGACCGAGCUGGACCAAGCUCUCGAGACGCAGAAAGUCUACCAGCACAUGGUUGAGAGGUUGCUGCGGGAGCAACGAAUCCUGCAGCAGAAGGUGCUCAUGAUGGAGAACUAUCUGGACCGGAAGACACGCGAGGUCGAAGCGAAGCAGCACUUCAGCCGCCGCAUCAAUGAAGACAAGGUGGAACAGAUUGUCAAGUUGGAGAUGCUUGAGCAGGACAUGGAUUUGGAACGCACAGUGCGCACAGCCGCGAUGAGUGACCUGUCGGCAGCCGUUGAAAGGCGCCGUCAGGAUGUCAACGAGGCUGAGUACUUUGAAACCUGGCGGUACGAAGCUGCACUCGAGGCCGCGACUGAAGCCUUUGAGGCAACGGCCGGGCGGUACAGGAAGAUCUACGCCAUCGAGAAGCUCACAGGCAACUGCUUGCAACGUCUUACUUUCGAUCAAGCAGAACAAAGCCAGGCAACCGAGGACGGAUUUCAACGGAUCCGAGAAGUGACUGGCUUGACCGAUGUUAUGGAGAUCGUGCAGAAAUUCCUGCACCGGGAAGAUGAGCACGAGCAGCUGAAAACUACUGUCAGAGAAGCGGAAGCCCGGCUCCACCAACUGCGUGAGGAGGAGGCCAGUCGCCCCUGCGAAGAUGCCUUGAUCGAUGCCAAGCCCGAGACUCGAGGACUUGGCGUUGAAGUCACCGAGUUUGAGCAAAUGCUGGAAGAUGUCCGGCAAGAUCACUCGGACGUGCAAGAGCAACUGAAGCAAAGCACUCUGCUUGUCGACAGCCUCAAGCGCUGGUCCAACCGACUCGCGAAGUCGCUGGCACCCAUCCAGGAAAUCAGAGCAGUGCACGCUGAGUCUGACCUUCCGCGCUUCUUCAAUCACCUAGUGCAGGUGGUGCACGAGUUCUUGGAUCGGGCCCACGCAGAGAUGCCCGAUGCCAGGCUCGUGAAGAUCACCAGCGAAGCCACCCACAAGGACUUCAGCGAUCAGGGCAAGUUGCUACACGACAAGGAUUUCCUGCGGUCCAACUGCCGCGUCGCCACCGCCGAACCUGUCAAAGACGACAGGCAAAAGAAGAAGGAUGAAGAAAGAGAUCAGGAGGAGGAAAAGAGAGGAGUCAUCGAGUUUGCGACGGACAGGGAGCGUGUUAAAAAGGAGGCUGCCGACAGAGACCAGCGUUUCCCGCGAGCGAAGGUGGCGGCGAGGGGUCGAGCUCGAAACUGA